AUGACGCAUCAGACGCGUGUCCAAGACGUGUACGGAGCGGUCAAGCUUCUGUUUUACGCACUGUUCAGAGUGGGCCUGGGCUCCAUACCGCCUGCGACGUUCCUGACCGUCAUUGUCCAGGCGUGCGUGUAUCUGCGGCUCUUCAGUCUGCCCUGGUCAAAGCCGGAGGAGGCCUGCGUCAGUGUCGCUGGCGUGCUGUUCAAGGGAGAAUGGCCGCGAAUCUUCUACGGCGCGAUCGAGCACGGGGACAGCAUGCACCUCUGCUACAACAUGGUGAGCUUCAUGUGGAAGGGCAUCAACCUCGAAGAAAAGAUGGGCACUGUGCCGUUCUUCUGCGUUAUCUGCCUGCUGACAGUGCUCACCGGCGCUUUCAUGGUCGGCCUCAACUACUUGCUAGGCACCUAUGUCGACGCCAUAUUUUACGAGCGUUGCAUCAUCGGUUUCUCUGGUGUCAUUUUCGCGAUCAAGUUGCUCGACAACGUCAAGUAUCCCGCCCAAACCCGUAAUAUAUUCGGCGUUAGUGUAAGCCUUCCAUCGGGAUAUGCAGUCUGGCUCGAGCUCCUUUUUGUCCAGCUCAUGGCGGGCAAUAACUGCUCCUUCAUCGGCCACUUAGCCGGGGUCCUGGCGGGAUUUGUUUACCUCGGCGUGGUUAGGCCGAUCUUCGACCUCAUGUGGCUGGUCCUGGUAGAGACACCCAGGAGAGCGGUGUACUACAUACUUGGACGACAUUGA